UUUAAGAAUGUCUUUUCAUCGCAGUAACGUCUCCCGAAGUGACACCAAAGUUGCACUUUGGUGUCGGCAUGGACGGAAAGGAAGAGGGAGACAAAAUGCAGAGACCAAAACAAGCAAAAUAUGAAGACAAUCACAAUGAAAAAGAAGGUCUUGGUUCUGUUGUUGCUAACCAUUAUAAUAACCUCCAGAACAAGGGGGUCGUAGAAAGGGCAAAGAGCCGUAUAUUUUAUAUGAGAAAUUUCAAUAACUGGAUCAAAAGCUACCUUAUAAACUACUGCCUUGAGCAAAUUCGAGAGAGACAGGUAGAUGACUACCCAAUAUCUGUGCUUGACCUUGGCUGUGGAAAAGGUGGUGAUCUUCUCAAGUGGCAGAAGGGAAGUAUUAAACAUCUGAUAUGUGCUGACAUUGCUGCUGUAUCAAUGGAAGAAUGCAAAGAACGUUAUGAAAUCAAUAAGGAAAGGGCAAGAGGUCCUUUAUUCUCAGCAGAAUUUAUUGUUGCAGACUGCACCAAAAUGCGAAUCAAAGAUCAUUUUGAAAAUUCAAAUAGAAUGGUGGACUUGGUAUCAUGUCAGUUUGCUUUUCAUUAUUGUUUUGAAAGUCUCGCCCAGGCAGAAACGAUGCUUCGCAAUAUCUCAGAAAACUUAAAAAAAGGUGGAUACUUCAUUGCAACAAUACCAAAUGCAUAUGAAAUAAUGUUAAGGCUAAAAAACAGCGAGGAUGGAUUAAGUUUUGGGAACGAAGUUUAUCAGAUCAAGUUCCCAGAGGACAGACCAGCAACCCCUCUAUUAUUUGGAGACAGAUAUAAUUUCUAUCUGCAAGAUGUUGUUGACUGUCCAGAGUUUCUCAUCCACCCUCCAACUUUAGAAACUCUUGCUGCAAAAUGGGGAUUGAAGCAAGUAUGGAUUCGAGAUUUUCAAACUCUCUUUGAAGAUGCUGUGAAAGAUCGGGAGUAUCAGAAUCUCCUCGCUGUGAUGAGGGCUUUAGAGAACUACCCAACAAAUGAGCAAGAAACUGAGACUGAGGGUGAAUACAGCCAUGCUGAAGAUCACCUUGCCAAGAAUGAGAGAGCUGAUCGUAUAAGGACACUCUCAAAGUCAGAGUGGGAUGCAAUCCGUAUAUAUCAGGCAUGCCUCUUCAGGAAAGUAUCAUAAGAUCUCAUAUCAUGUAGAGGCCUCACCGUCAUCAUUUUGCACAAAUUGGGAUACUGCAAAAGGUGUAGAGAAAUUGGAACAUUGCACUGUCUUUAAUUUUGUGCAACGUCUAUCCCAGUUAUAUUUGUACACAGGCAUAAGUUCUUUAUUAUAUUUGUCUGUUUCGGUAUUUUUGUAAUCGAAAUUAGCAUAAAAAAUAUGAUGUGUUUUAUUAAUUUUAAGUUAUCCUUGUUAAGAGAACUGUUAUGAUUUUUUUACUCUUAUUUUUUAUCAUUAUUACCUAUAUUUGUAAAUUCCUGUAAUCACCAUUAUUUUAAUUAUCAUCUUUAUCAUUGUUCCUACUAUAUCUAUAUAUUUCUUGUCAGGGACACUUUUCUUCCUAUUAUUCAAAAUAGUACAAAACAAUAUGUUUUUGCUACUUGAUCUGUUUGAUAUUUAGGGUAAAAAUGGAAUGUUUACGAUAUUGAUUAAAGUGUAAAAAAAUGGAAAUAAAAUUUGGUACAAGUGUUCAUUUAAGUAUAUAACCUGAUUAAAUCUAAUGUGAUUAUGGACUCUCUUGCCUAUGCUAAAUUAAAAAUUAAAAUGGUUGACAAUUCAUUGACAACGAAAGAAUUAGGAUGUUAUAUUACAACUUCUUUUUGGAAUAAAGUUAUUAAUUAAG